CCUCUACAUGCCAACACAAAAGCCUGAUUGCCUCGGAUUGUUUGCUUAUGUAAAUCAAAAGACUGCCAUUAAUUCUGCAAGUGGAACUGCUGAGCAACAAACAAGGUGGUGAUUGGCUGGACUCUUGCUCGUGGAUUCGUGCAAAUCUGACAAAUUCUGUUACUUUUGUUCUACUCUCUAUCUGGAUAUCUUUAGGAAAAGAAGCUUGUUAUUAUGCACUAAAGUAAAUAAUUUGUGUUCUUAGAGUAGGAGUUGGAUUUGAAGGCAAGAGAACUUAUCAAGGAUCAAGGAUCUUCCCCAAAGCUCUCUCCGACUGGGACUCAACUGUACAUUAUGACAGACGUACCAGUGACAUUCAGUCAGGUGGAGUGUAACGGGGAUACACCCCCUGAAAACGGUCAACAAAAGAUUACCAAAAUCACAGAAGAAGCCAGUGACGUGGAUGGCACCCCACCAUACUGCAGGGUAGAACCUAGACUUGAUGUACCCACAGAAAGAAAUCAGGAGAAAAGUGAAAAAUUACAAGAGGACAUACUGCUCAGCUCGUCCAUGGAUGAGAAGAUUCUAAAAGAAAAACCAGAAGAGAAGCUCUAUGUUGUUCAUAAGGCUAUCACAGAUCUUUCUCUCCAAGAAACAAGUGUUGAUGAAAUGGCAUUGAGAGAAGGGUAUCAGUGGGAGAAGAUUCCUUUGAGCAGCAGCAACCAAGAAAUAAGCAGACAAAAGGAGAGUAUUUCUGAACAACCUCUAGAGGAGAGAGAAGAUGAGGAGCUGGAGAACACAGCUCUUCAGGCAACUGAAAUUGAAUGGUUAGGAUUUCAGAAACCUAGCCAGGUUGAUGCCUCACAUUCUAAGCAGGAUGAAGAGCAAGAGGUUUGGGAUGAAGAAACUAAUAACGAUGAUGAUGAUGAUUGCAAAGAUGAUGAAGAUGAAGUUCGCGUGAUAGGAUUUAAGAAAAAAAAUGAAGAGGAUACUCAAUUAAAAGAAGAGGGUGAUGCAAGUGAGGACUCCCCACUGAGUAGCCCCAGUUCCCAACCUGUCACACCUGAUGAGCAGCCGACCUUCGGGAAGAAGGGUGAUUUCUCCAGAAAUGCUUAUUCAAGAUACAAUACGAUAUCCUAUAGGAAAAUCAGAAAGGGGAACACCAAGCAAAGAAUUGAUGAAUUCGAGUCUAUGAUAAACUAACUGGAACUGAGACAUUCUCAUGCCCACUAAAGCAAAAGCUAAUUUGGUUUUCCUGAUAUAUAUCUUUGUUGCCUUAUAUGAGUUGUUGUCUUUAAAGAAAUGGAAGCUGAAUCUCUGUUUCACUGUAGAGUAAUGUGGAAAUAACCCUAGUAAAAAUUCAGUCUGGUAAUCUCAAGUCAAAAAGCUUUAGGCUCGUUCUUGGACAUUUGUUUUUAAAACUUCACUAAUAUAGCCUUAUGUGCUAAGCACUAAACAGCAAGCACCACCAGGAAAUCCAACAUUUAUAAAAGUUUGGCUUUAAAAGUAGCAAUGCUGGGAAAUGUAGUCAUCAAAUGAAAGAGUACUAUUUGAAAUGAAAUGUAGUUCUUUUUUGUGUCUUUCUUCCUGAACAUUGAGGGGGAUAGAAAGUCUGGUAUCAAAUCUCUCUUUAUUUAAGAUGUGAUUUUAUAGACUCUGGCAAUAAACUUUCCAGAAUACUUUGCCUUUCUUAUUACCUUCAGAUUUUAAGUUGUUUCUUUUGGUAUCCAUGGAGUGAAAUUCUGUAUAGGUCGCCUUCCUAGGUGUUACCAUUCACUAAAUUUUCUCACUAGAGGGGCUGAGCAAUUGUCAGUCAGGAAAAUUCUGUUUACUAAACGUUGGCUUUAUGCUCUCCAGAUGAAUUAAACCCAUUGUGAGAUUGCUGGAAGGAGGGGUUGGAAGAUUUUUGGGCAAUUGACUAAAGAGUUAUAUCAGAUAGUUUAUUUCUGAAACUGAAAACAAAAUCUUGUCUAGCACAGUUAAAGUCAUUAAACAUGAAAAUGACAGCUUUAGCACAAUUUUAAGAAAAUACCCCUCUCUAUUACUACACUUUCUCUUAUUAACAGAAUCUCAGAAUAAUUUUCUUUCCUUAGAAACCUGAGACAACUCUAGUCAUAACUGUACUAGUUACUAUGAAAAUGGAAAUAAUUAUCUUAGAAUAUUUUCAAAGUAGAGUGUGAGUGUGUAUUUUUAGUGAGAAAGCUCUGAUGGUUGUUGGGAAUAUAUAAUUUACUGGACCUCAGCCCAAAUCAAGAUGCUUAAAACUGUGCUUGUGAAGCUUCACUCAAACCAAUGUGUCAAAUAAUGUAUUGAAUAUUUAUGAAAAGGGAGAAUCUAUAUUUAUAUUUUUAGAUCCAUAAUUUUUCAUUUCAUGCUUCUAUAUAUAUUACCCUCAACUUUCUGUCACCACAGAUAAAGACAUUUUUUUGGCCCUGGGAAUAAAAAGACAAUUCCUUAUUGUCUGAAUGUAAUACAGUCUUCAUUGUACUAUUCAACCCUUUGUUUACUUAUUUUCAUUUUGUGAAAAACCCUGGGUUAGUCCUUCUCAGAUUAUUGCUUAUUUAUGUGUAACAAAUCCCACACAUUCUAAAGGCACUUUCUUUAAUUCUCUAUUGUCAUAUAAUAUGUUUCCAUAGUAUCAUACACUAUUAUUUAGUGUUUAUGAGACUCAAUUUUGAAUUUUUCUUUUUGUUUUUUUCCAAGCAGAUACUUUAUAACCUGACCAUAUCAAAGUCUGUCAUGCUUAGUCUAUAGAAUCUAUACAUUUUAUUCUCAACAAUGUAAGUGUUCAGAAUAAAGUCAGGAAAAUCAGGUCUUUAUUGAUAAAUUUAAGUAGAAGAUUGAUGCACUAGGACAGUUACCUGUUUAUUUAGUGCCUUUAAAUCUUUUUACCUGGACAACCUAUUUUCUUAUUUGGAUUACUGGUGACCCCUAUAAUUUUCUACUUAACUUCAAAGCACAGUAUUGUAUUAUCCACCACAGGACAGGACCAAUUGUUAACCUACAAUCAACAGGGCCUGCAUUUUGAAUUAUUUCAGCAGAGGUGGCAACUUCCAGUGGAACUUGAGUGAGGUGUAUGGUCUGUGGUCAUUCGAUGUGGCCAAUCAACUAUCUCUGAUUGGGCUCCAAAAUAUAGUAACUCUGGCCCUUUUAGCUUUGUGAUAUCUUAUCAGAUGAUUAACCAGCUAUGAAAGAUUACCACAAGACUAUUGCAGGGUAUGUUCAAUGAGUAAAUGCUUAAUGCUCACGGAGGAGGCAAUGUAGUUGCAGAGCAUUAAACUAUCAUUUGGCAUCAGUGCUAAUUGCCCCGUGCUGCAUGUUGCUGUAUACCCCAGAAUUAAGGAACCAGAAGCACAUAACAGUGAUAGGUGGCUCUGUGAUUCUUUCUAACUUAGGAAAGACAAAGGUCUGGUUCCAAUUGUAGUGGGUGGGUCUUUGACAUUUGAAAAGCAUAUAGGACACAUUAAGAAUACAAAUUGGGAGCGACAUGUGAAGGCUUACUGCCUUUGGGAUCCAAGGUUCAGGGAUGGAAGAAGGACUCUGGUAGCUGUUAGGAGGGAGACCUGAUUUAUUAUGAAAAUGCUGAUAUUCCUUGCCUGGCUUUUUAUCUUCCUUAGAUGCUGGGUGAACAGGAAGUAAUAACAGCUCUAUUUCUCUGUCAAUAUAAAACUUACCCUUCAUAUAAUGCUACCUUUAAAGACACAGCAUGUACAUCAGACUCUAUCGAUCUACCUAUUAACAGUUUAAACAAAGAACUUCUGUGUUUGCUUGUUCUCAAUAAAAGUUUGUAUCCUUGUUUU